AUGACGCACAGAGCGUAUCAGAGUGAUGUUAAAAGAGCUAGCUCCAGUCCCACCCCAGACCUCAUUGCGGACGAAAACAAGGCAACGUCGAACAAAGAUGGAAGCAUCAAUCCUUCCAAAAAGCGCAAAGAGCGAGAAUGGGACGCGUUCUCCAACAACUCCCGACCGCUGCCGCUCAAGAGUCGAGUAUCUGCAACCCCCGACAAUGAGGAUUCUCGACAUUUUUCUACUCCUCGACGAUCAAAGCAGGUUGACAGGAGUCAAUUUCAACCUCUUUUCGACGAGAACGCGGAAUCUAUUCCAUGGAACCUCUCACCAAUCCUCUCACCAUGUAACCCCAAAGCAGGGGUGGAGGAAACUAGGGGCCUCACUUAUCACAAUGGCGGCCGACAUCCGUUACAGGAGAACCUUCCAUCGAAUUCACCUGAGCGGGAACUGCCGCCGUCUAGCCCUAGUCUUCCUGUUCCGAACCGCCUUCUCAUGAAGCGUAGACAGCGAGUGACGGACACUGGCAUGGGAAAUCAUGCGAGACUACUCGAGGAACGAGCGCCAGAAGUUGUGACUGCAGGUCCUUCGAAAGGGCGUCUGAUUCGUCGCCCGGGUCGAUAUUCCCUUCCUCACAUGGUGACGAAGCCGGUCUCAGGACCAUCAUCGCCUAGCUCUCCAGAGUCGGUCAAAAAUGAUGCCACCCCCCACAAAUAUCAGCAAGAAGAUGUCGCGUGUAUCCCUUGGAUGACUCCUGCUUCGACCAAGUCACCAGAGAUUCCCUCGUCACAACAGAUGGAAAACCCAGACUUUUUCUCCCCUUUCACCGCAUCUCAACCUCUUUUGAAUCUGGACGCUUCUCAAAACGACCUGCACGAGGAGUUGACUGGAGCUCCUGUUCAUCCACCGGCCAGCUCUCUCCCUGGAGGUACUCCACUCAGCCAGGUGUCGGUGACAAGCUCAGUAACCGAGGACUAUGAAGAAAGGCCGACAUUUCGCCGAAAACAUCCGGAUGCAACGAAUACGCCUGCCGACCCCAACGCUACGCUCGUCGGCCCAACUCCACUCCAGAUGGGACAUGUGACACCUCUACGCCUGCCCAAUACCUCAACCUCGAGAAAAGGGAUAUACUCACGCUCUUCGGACACUUUUGUCCCUGAUAGCAUUCCUCUCAAUGGAGAUGUGGAUGACGUUUCUUCCCUGGUCAACGCUGUCAAAGACAUGUCGCCCUACAAACGCAAACUGACUUCGACAUCGAAGAGCGCAACAAGAGUUGCCCGCAGGGGUCAAGACCUCAUUGAGUUGGACGACAGCGAAAACGAAACGCCUACCCACUCGCCAGCACAAAAGCACCCGGGAGACCCAGAAGAUGUGAAGUCAAUCCUUGACGACGACGAAGAGGAGUGGAGAAGAAAGUAUUCUCCCUCUAAAUUUGAGUCGCAGCUUCCCGAGGAAGAGGAGCUGCCGUACAUGUCCUUGCCACACGGCUGGGACUCAUUCGAGACCCCGACGAAGGAUUGGAAGGCGACGAAGAUAACUGACGAAAGUCCAGAAAAUCCCCUCGUCCCAAGGUUAUCUCACGACUUGAUUACCAGGCUCUUAAAUGGCGGUUCCCCUUUUCGCGGUAGAACAGGUGACCAUCCUGAUGAUAGUCAGAGUAUACCAGAAGUGCUCAAACGGUUCGAGGCCCAGCCCUCUCCGUACAAGGGGAUGUUCAGUGGUCGAAGUACUGUGUCGAGCUCGUCUGAGGAAGAAUCCUGA